UGUAGCGUUGAACAGCUUGCUGAUUAGAGCUAUAAUUUAGAUGAUGUUAGCUGACUCUAUUAAAACUACGGCAUCUUAUUCUUUACGAUUGCAAAUAUUAACAAUCCUGGGGAGAGACAUAUGUUACAUUAUAUUAAAAAUAAGCAAUUUAGAAGAGUUCUUUAUCAAGACACCACGGUGGUUAAGAGACAAAACCAUGUUGAAGAUCUUUCUGUUCCUUUUAAUUCUUGUAUGUGUUUCAUCAGAGUCCGAGGUAGAGAAAAACUGUUUAGUUUUGGCGCAAGAAACGUGUGCGAAAGAGUAUAAAAACUAUGUUAACGACCACGACAACUGCUGGGUGUACCAAGAUUUUAUUCAAUGCUUUCGUAAAUCCACCGACCCUAAGUGUUAUUCGAUAUUUUCAAAGUCUCACGAGUGUUUCACAGAACGCGCUACUAAGGUUUACAAGGAGAAAAAAAGCAGGUCAAAUUCAAAGCGUAACGAGAUGACCAUUCAAAGAAUGUUCCUUCUUGGAGUUGUCGUUACUUCGUUAUGUUAUUAAUGUAAAUUUAAAUAAAAAUAAACAUGCAAUGA